AUGGUCAGAGUCAAUGUUUGGUCCGCGAAAAGACCUGACAUCAGUAACAUUCGGAAAGUGCCGACCGUCAAUCAGUGCGUUAUCGAUCUGGGAGCAGGUCAUUUGGGUGCCCCCAGGCUCAAAAUGGAUGGUUUGCAAGGAUCCAGUACGAACGUUAACCGGAAACGGAGGAGCAAUUUCCUGACGCUGGUGGAGAAGGUUCGCAUAAUUGAAGAUUUUGAAGCAGGAGGUGGUACGCAUGACUUUCUUGGGAAGAAGUACGGCGUAGGAUCUUCUACGGUCACGAGAAUAAUCCAAAAGAAAGAAGCAAUUCGUGAGGCGGUGGACAAGUUCAAGGAAUAUGGUGUAAAUAAUCGAAAAACAUUGAAAGAGCAGACGUUCCCUUUGCUGGAAGAAGCUCUUUACAUCUGGAUUUUACAGCAGCGGCAGUCCAACAUUUUGUUGACAGUGGAUAUUCUUAAAGCAAAGGCGGAGCUGCUGUUUAAGAUGUUCCAGGACCGGGGGCUCUAUGCGGUGCACGGUUUUUCUGCUUCGGAUGGCUGGAUGCAUCGUUUUAAGCAGCGGUUUGGAUUGCGCGUGAAAGCCGUAACAGGAGAAAAGGCAUCGAUGAACGUUGAAGCGUAUCUAAAUUUCAAGAAGGUUCUACAGAAGAAGAUUCAGGAAAUGCAGCUAUCACUAUCCCAAGUCUUUAAUGCAGAUGAAUCUGCCUUGUUCAUCAAGCUCCUAGCCACAUGCUCUGUCGUUACCUGUGAUGAGACCGUGGCAAGCGGACGGAAGCAAAACAAGACAAGGUAUAAAGAUCAGGUGUAUGAUGCUGAUCAUAAUCCAGAUUGGGUAACCAGUGAAGUGUUCUCUGAUGACGAGAUUUUGUCAUCAGUUCUCAAGAAAGAUCAACCUGAAAUGCAAGAAGAAUGGUUGGUAGACACAGAAGAUGGAAGUAAUUCGUUUGAUACUUCCAUUACUAGUACCGGAGAUCCUGGUUUUGGCGAUGCAAUCAAGUCAAUUGAUUGCCUAGUUCGCUAUAUGAAGCAUGAUGUUGCAGAAGUAUGCCGUUUGAACGCGCUGCGUUCGAAAAUCACUGAAGUUGAAUGGUUAAAACGAGCAUGUUGA